AUACCUUAAUAUUGUGAAAACGUUUCCUUAUUCAAUAUUCAUGUAUAGAUCUUAGAAUUUGUUUCUUGAGGACAAGUUAGUUUCUUCUUUCUGGGUCAAAAGAGGACAAUUUAUCUUUCAUUUUGAAAAAAUGGGGAAAAACCUAUCAACUACUUUAUGGAGAAGACACAGAAGAAAAAGACAAGAAAUGCCAUUUGGUCCAAUGCAGAGGCAGUGGGAGAAAAAGUCUUGUAGGUUUCAAAGAUGGUGGAGAUUUAGAUCAUUUCUGCACCAACCUCUCCUCUAACAAGCUCCUUCUAAUUUUCAACAAAAAAUGUGUCAACAUCAAGCCUGUCAACAUUAUCAAUCAACAGUAACGUCUCUUCUCACAGAUACAUAACUUCUCAUCGAUCAUAUAUACUGAUAUGAUCAAUGCUGCUCCAGUUUCCAGUAUUUUGAGACUCUUAAGACUUAUAGUAAGUUUCUCUGCAUCACUUAUCUCACUAUCAGAGACAAAUCUCUCUUUGCUAAUGGGUCAUGGCUUGAUACGAAGAAAAUACAACUAUAUAUAUAACACCAAAUACAUAAGUGUCAUGAGGAAUUAGAAACUUAUCUUUGCGUGCCAAAGGAGGUGUCUCUUCAGCCAUACUUGAGGUGACAUCUGUCGUUAGUGCUGACUUCUUUUUGUAACUUUUAUUUGUUUGUCAGGCUAUGAUUAAAUAAUGAUUUGAAUAGUUUAUAGCUCCCUUGUUCUACUCCACCUAUAUACCCAAGCAAUGCGACUGCAUGCCAAUAUGCCUCAUGUUAUUAUGUCUGCAUGUACUAUUCACGAUAUAUAUUAAUUCGUGAAACACAUGACUCUAGACUAAAGAUCUCAAGAUCUUGAAUAGUGUCCCAGAAGAAGAUUGCUUGUACUAUAAGUUGUUAUACGGUACGUAUACCGAAAGAAUAAAGAAGAGACAAUGUAGUGUAAAGGGUGAUAGCGACAUGGGUUGUUUUUGUAUGCGAAUAAGAAAGAAGCACGUGGUGAGUGAGAGAGAGGGAAGCUCAGCUAUAUAUAAAUAGAAAUAUAAGAAGCAGUUAGUGGUUGUGAAGAAAGGAGGCAAUCGACCAAAUCUUUUUGACAGUUAAGAGAGAAGGUAAACAAGAAGAGGAGGAGAGACCGUUGUUAGAUACAGAUCGUUCAUCAAACAUGGGAAGAUCUCCUCUCUCAGCUGAUGAAACCGGUACUCUGAAGAAAGGUCCAUGGUUGCCUGAGGAAGAUGAUAAACUCAUCAGUUAUAUCCACAAACAUGGCCAUAGAAGCUGGAGUGCUCUUCCCAAACUCGCUGGUCUUAACAGGUGUGGGAAGAGUUGUAGGCUACGAUGGACAAACUAUUUGAGACCUGACAUUAAGCGAGGCAAAUUCUCACAAGAGGAAGAAGAGACCAUCUUGAACCUUCAUGCGGUUCUUGGAAACAAGUGGUCAAUGAUUGCAAGCCACUUACAAGGAAGAACAGAUAACGAGAUCAAGAAUUUCUGGAACACUCAUUUGAAGAAGAAGCUGAUUCAGAUGGGCUUUGAUCCCAUGACUCAUCGUCCAAGAACGGAUGAUAUCUUCUCUAGCUUAUCUCAGCUCAUGUCUCUCUCCAACCUUAGAGGACUUGUUGAUCUCCAGCAACAGGUUCCAUUUGAAGAUCAACAAGCUUUACUGAAUCUCCAAGGUGAGAUGGCUAAGCUCCAGUUGCUAAACUACUUACUUCAAGCUCCUCCUCUUGCCAUGAGUAGUAGUAACAACAUUAACCCUAAUGAGUUGAACAUUCUCAAUCUCCUCACCAAAGAAAACUACAAUACCAAUAAUCUUGACCUCACUUCUUGUCUUCAAGACUUCAACAACAACCUCCCAUCUCUCAAAACCCUAGAGGAAAAUCAUUUCAGUCAAAACAAUUCUCCAAUAUGGUCGCAUGAACCACCUAGCUUGAACCAAACUAUGUUGCCUUCUCAUGAUCCUUCCCCUUUGGGUGAUGAUUUGGUUCUGAACCAGGCUUCCUCAAGCCAUGAGCAAGAGGUAGCAGCUACAGGCUCUGUAGAUUGGCCUGAUCAUCUCUUUGAUGACUCCAUGUUUACUUAUCAAUCUUGACGUAUGUUUGUAUAUGUUUCAAGAAAACAUGAUUGUUUAAUGUUUAUUUGCAUGUGGAGGUUCUACAUCUGUACGUUACUUCAUGAUGUGUGCUAAUGUCUUAGAAUGUACAUGUUGUCUUGUUGUAUUAUAUAACUCAUACAUGUUGUUUAUAUUCUUCAUACGAACAUUCUAUAUGUAAACUUCACUGAUGUUUUAAAAAAUCAAUCUUCAUCUA